GGAAGCAGAUGGUGAUUUCGAGCCUUGGGAAGCGGAGAGUGCCAUGGCCUGCAAUCCCCUCUAAUCUGGUGGCAGAUGUCGUUAUGGUCUGUGGCUACUACUACCGUGGGCUCAGUGUUCAGGGCUUGUGCUUGGGGUGAUGGUGUUGUGCUUUGCUCUGUUUCCUCCCUAGUUCACUCUGACCCCCCUCCUCAGUGCUCCUCCCCCACAAUUGUUUGAGUUCUGCUUUACUUCAGUUUCCUGAGAUGAAUGUGUGCUCAGUUGUGGCCCCCUGGACUACAUAUCUCUUCCCUGGCCUCCCCAUGGCCCCCAAAACCCACUAGCUAAAGUGAGUGGAGGCUCAGCUUUAGACUUUGUUCACUCUUGCUCUCCAUAUCUACAAUCUUUCUGUUUACAUGUUUGGGUUGAUUUCUGGUUGAAAUUGUUUCCUAAAAUGCCUUCUAACACUUAAGUGCUAUGAUUCUAACAACGAGAAGUGAUAGCAGCGGAAAAUUAUUUAGUGUUAUCCAUUGUUGGACAGAUAGACAUCUGACUAGCCUCUCCACUGCUACAUCUCAGGUCAUUUAUUUAACAAGUAUUUAUUGAGCACGUCCAUGAGUCAGGUCUUGUGCUAAGAACUUUAUGAACAUUAGCAUUUACUCAUCCUCAUUGCAUGGGAACACAAGAAAAUUGAGUUCAGGCAGGAUCCAGUGAUUUGCCCAAGUCACAGAACCACUUACCGGCAGAAUUGAACCUUGAGUAGUCAAAUUACGGGGCAGAUGAAAGUUGGCAAGUCUAGUCUUUGAAGCAGGCAUUUCCUGUAGAGCUUGAAUUCUGGAGAUGGUUGAGAACAAUCCAAAAAGUGGAAACCUGAAAAAGGAAGUUUGUUUGUAGACAGGAGAGAUGGCAUAUUAUCAUGCUAAUAAAGAUGAGAAAUGCAAUGCAUAUUAGUUGCCAGCUAUUGCUAUUGUAUUUUAGGAAACAGGAAGUUCUCCAUUAGCCAUAGUAAGGGAAUAAACAGUGGUAUGGACAUCUAAGCCACUUGCAUUUGUUGUGGGGUAAAGUGUUUUGUCCCACUCUUAUAUUUGAUUGUGGUGCCUAUCUAUGCUAUUUGGAAAAUUGAUGCUUGAAGACAAAUCAUGUUUCCAAACAAUGGGAGUCCAACUCAAAGGAGGUAGGAAGUUUGAGCUUUUCCUUUUUCUCUCUUCUACACUCUUAAUUCUCUAGCUCGUAGGAGGUGAUAUGGGAAUGGCCACUUUAUCCUGGUGCAGAGAGUAGGUCUCUACUGAAUUGUCUUUCUUCUCUUUCCCUGCUGGCAUUGUCUGCUAGAUUUCUUUUUCCCUUAGGUCAAUAUAGGGUUGUGGAAGGAGGUAAUUAAGAGUUUUCUUUGAAAGGCUUUUUAUGUUGGUGAGCCAGAAUGCAAGGAGAGUACCUUGCUCUAGUUACUGAACGGAAACCAUCCCUACAGUGGAGCAGCCUCCUCCAGUUUCUGCUGGGUCUUGAGCUGACUGUUAAAUAAGUCAGUGGAGUUGCUGAGGACAAAGUAGCUCUAGGGGAAAAUCAGAUAAUUUCUUUUCUGGAAGGGACUUUAAUUUGCGGAGUUGAUGAGACUAUCAUCGAAGGAAUCUGUGUCUUCUGUUCUGGGCAUUGCCUGGGCCGCCGACCUUCCAUGGCUGUUGGAUGAGGUAGAAACCACACAGAGGAGAUGGAGGCCCUUGCAGAGGAGCCAUGCAAAGGGCCAAAGAGCUAGGGAAGCUGGUUGGGAAGCUUGGGGCCAACGGCAGCAGCUGCCGAGAAGGCUCUUGAAUGUUCAACUAGAACAGGCAGAGGAGACUCAGCGGAGAGGUCAGGCCUUGUUGUCGUCCUGAGCCACCAGCAUGGAGGCUCCCCUCCCAUUGCCAUGUCUUUCUGCCUGUGGUGGUAUUCUCCUCUGAAUACCCGAGGCUGUCUUGGCUGCUGUACCCUUGGGGUGGCGCUGGGACUGGAAUUGAAGACAAAGCAUCUUAUGUCAUGGAAGGGUAGCUGAGCUGUCCUGACAGGAGACAGGGGCUCUCCUGCUACCAGGGUGGCCUGUAACAUCAGCCCAGAGGGAGUAGGAAGGAUGAGUAUCUUUUGUCAGGACUCAGCAACCAAAUAGUUCUUGUGGACUGGAAACCCUGGGCAGGGGAGUCUGGGUGCAGGCUCCACAUGCUAGCAUUCACGCCACCACUGGUUGUUCCUUGGAGGUAGGUCAAUGGGCCAGGGCAGACAAAGACUGGGGGAACCCUCUGCCAGUGGCCAUGCUCACAGACACACAGUGGGCAGCUUUCUGCAUGUUGGCUGUGCUCCGCCCAGUGACCUGUCUACAGACAAUUCCAAAGACCCUGCUUAGUCUUGGAGCCGCCUAUCUGCCCUUCACCCCUUUACUGUGGCCUUUUGCUCUCGGUGUGCAUCAUCUUGGAUUUGCUGUGUAACCACAUGGUGCAAUGUGGUUUCUGCCGGAUUAGAACCUCUAGCCCUACUCCCUGUAGUCUGGUUGGGACAUGGCACUGCACAUUCCGUAGAGAAUGGAAGCGGCUUUCUUACUGCCCACAGCUGGUAACUGGCCCAGCUGGGCCUCAGUCUUAGGUCUGUGCUUCUAAACCGGUGCUCAGGGCCUCCCCACUGGUGGGCUAAGGAGGGAGGCUGGUCCCUCACAAUGGUGUGCUCUCCUAGGAGCCAUGCAGCCCCUCACAAUGGUGUGCUCUCCUAGGAGCCAUGCAGGGCCAGCGGAGCCUGCUGCUGGGCCCUGCCCGCCUCUGCCUGCGCCUGCUUCUGCUCCUGGGCUCCAGGCGCCGCUGCCCCCCUCUGCUCCGGGGCCUGGUACAGCGCUGGCGCUAUGGCAAGGUCUGCCUGCGCUCUCUGCUCUACAACUCCUUCGGGGGCAGUGACACCGCUGUCGAUGCUGCCUUUGAGCCCAUCUACUGGCUGGUGGACAACGUGAUCCGCUGGUGUGGGGUGGUGUUCGUGGUGCUGGUGAUUGUGCUGACCAGCUCCAUUGUGGCCAUCGCCUACCUGUGUGUCCUACCCCUCAUCCUCCGAACCUACUCAGUGCCACGACUCUGCUGGCAUUUCUUCUAUAGUCAUUGGAAUCUGAUCCUCAUCGUCUUCCAUUACUACCAGGCCAUCACCACUCCACCUGGAUAUCCACCCCAGGGCAGGAAUGAUAUCGCAACAGUCUCCAUCUGUAAGAAGUGCAUCUACCCCAAGCCAGCCCGAACACACCACUGCAGCGUCUGCAAUAGGUGUGUGCUGAAGAUGGAUCACCACUGUCCCUGGCUAAACAACUGUGUGGGCCACUAUAACCAUCGGUACUUCUUCUCUUUCUGCUUUUUCAUGACUCUGGGCUGUGUCUAUUGCAGCUAUGGAAGUUGGGACCUUUUCCGGGAGGCUUAUGCUGCCAUUGAGAAAAUGAAACAGCUCGACAAGAACAAACUACAGGCGGUUGCCAACCAGACUUAUCACCAGACCCCACCACCCACCUUCUCCUUCCGAGAAAGAAUGACUCACAAGAGUCUUGUCUACCUCUGGUUCCUGUGCAGUUCUGUGGCACUUGCCCUGGGUGCCCUAACUGUAUGGCAUGCUGUUCUCAUCAGUCGAGGUGAGACUAGUAUUGAAAGGCACAUCAACAAGAAGGAGAAACGUCGGCUGCAGGCAAAGGGCAGAAUUUUUAGGAAUCAUUAUAACUACGGCUGCUUGAACAACUGGAAGUUAUUCCUGGGUGUGGACACAGGAAGGCACUGGCUUACUCGGGUGCUGUUACCUUCCAGUCACCUGCCCCACGGGAAUGGAAUAAUCUGGGAUCCCCCUCCUUGGGUGACUGCUCAGUCGGCCUCUGUGAUGGCAGUGUGAGCUGGAUUCUGUCAGCCACAAUCUGAGCAUCAUCCUGCUUCCUGCACUGUCUUGAGGGCCUCCAAGGGUAGCUUCUUGGAACUCUUGAACAAGAGCCAGUGGACCUGCCUUAGGGUACCAUGCACAGACAACCCAAGGACCCGACUCCUGGCCACUGCAGAAGCACGGCACGAUGUGGAAAAGUCCUGGGACUGAUGUUCCUUUC